UUUAUUGGAUGCCAAUAAACUUCACCGAAGAAGAAGUGAGGUAUCUCUUGAAAGCUGUCAAAGGGGAAAGAGGCGAAAAGACGUCAACAAAACGAUAUAGCCACUUCACUCUGUUGAUCUUGGACAAGCAUAGAGGAAUGGGCUGCGGUCCCAUUAUAGUUGGAUCUACCCCUACUAGUCCUGAGACCACACAAGAAGCCCAGCCCCAGGCCAGGCCCGAAACAUGAGAUCUUUACCCGCUAAGUAAAGAAUGAGGCCUCAGCAACCCCACCCCAGAAACACCAUCACCACCACUACUACUAACAUAGUCUGUCACACACCUAUUACAACUUAACCCUCAACACAUUCCCCCUGCCCCAGGACCAGCUCUUGUAUCCCCUUCCCUUCCUCACCCAACCCCCUACCACCCCAACCUAAUACACCCCACAGAGCAGUUUAGCACACCUCGAGACUUGAGUCACCAGCCAAUCAGCUCCUAGUAGGCCUUGUGCGCCUCCAUCGGCGGCCCUCCCCGGCGGUGAGUUGGUGUGCGAUGGCGCGGCGGGACGCUGAGGGCUGCCGCCGGGGAUUGUGAUGUCAGAGCCCGCCAGCCCGGGCGAGAGCCAGCGCGGCGCUCCCAGAUUCUUCGUGGGCUGCGAGGACGAUGAGAGCGAGGGCCUGGAGGACUACGACGGCUGCAGCAUGAGGACCGACAUGGAGCUGUACGAGGACGACGAGGACACAGACUCGCCCCCGGAGCGACAGAUCGUGGUGGGGAUCUGUUCCAUGAUGAAGAAGUCCAAGUCAAAGCCCAUGACCCAGAUCCUGGAGCGUCUGUGCAGGUUUGAGUACAUCACUGUGGUCAUCUUCCCUGAGGACGUCAUUCUCAACGAGCCUGUGGACAAAUGGCCCCUGUGUGACUGCCUCGUCUCCUUCCACUCCAAAGGAUUCCCGCUGGACAAGGCAGUGAGCUACGCCAAUCUCCGAAACCCACUGCUCAUCAAUGACCUGAACACACAGUACUACAUACAGGACAGGAGGGAGGUGUAUCGUAUCCUGCAGCAGGAAGGCAUCGAUCUGCCACGCUACGCUGUGCUGAACCGCGACCCAGAUAAACCUGACGAGUGUAACCUGGUCGAGGGAGAAGACCACGUGGAGGUGAAUGGGGAGGUGUUCCCUAAACCCUUUGUGGAGAAACCGGUCUGUGCUGAAGACCACAACGUCUACAUCUACUACCCCACCUCAGCAGGAGGGGGAAGCCAGCGCCUCUUCAGAAAGAUCGGGAGCCGGAGCAGUGUGUACUCACCAGAGAGCAACGUGAGGAAGACUGGCUCCUACAUCUACGAAGAGUUCAUGCCAACGGACGGGACGGACGUUAAGGUGUAUACGGUGGGGCCUGACUAUGCCCACGCUGAGGCCAGGAAGUCUCCUGCCCUGGAUGGGAAGGUGGAGAGAGACAGCGAGGGGAAGGAGAUCCGCUACCCCGUCAUGCUCACCGCCAUGGAGAAACUAGUGGCCCGCAAGGUCUGCCUGGCAUUCAAGCAAACAGUGUGUGGCUUUGACCUUCUCCGAGCCAACGGUCACUCCUACGUCUGCGACGUCAACGGCUUCAGCUUCGUCAAGAACUCCAUGAAGUACUACGACGACUGUGCCAAGAUCCUGGGUAAUAUAGUGAUGAGGGAGCUAGCUCCUCAGUUCCACAUCCCCUGGUCCAUCCCUACUGAGGCUGAGGACAUCCCCAUCGUCCCAACCACAUCUGGCACCAUGAUGGAGUUACGCUGCGUCAUCGCAAUAAUCCGCCACGGAGACCGAACUCCUAAGCAAAAGAUGAAGAUGGAAGUGCGGAAUCCCAUGUUUUUUGAAUUGUUUGACAAAUACGGGGGUUACAAGACAGGGAAAUUGAAGCUGAAGAAGCCAAAACAACUGCAGGAGGUACUGGACAUAGCUCGGCAACUGUUGCUAGAACUGGGUGAUGGAAGAGAAGACUGCGAGAUCGAAGAGAAGAAAUCCAAACUGGAGCAGCUGAAGACCGUUCUGGAGAUGUAUGGCCACUUUUCUGGGAUCAACAGAAAAGUGCAGAUCACCUACCUGCCCCACGGGCAGCCCAAAACAUCCAGCGAGGAGGAAGACACACGUAAGGAGUGCCCUUCUCUGCUGCUGGUGUUGAAGUGGGGAGGGGAGCUGACCCCAGCAGGCAGGGUACAGGCUGAAGAGCUGGGCAGGGCCUUCCGCUGCAUGUACCCCGGAGGACAAGGAGACUAUGCUGGGUUCCCUGGCUGCGGGUUGCUACGGUUACACAGCACGUACCGACACGACCUCAAGAUCUAUGCGUCUGACGAGGGCAGAGUGCAGAUGACUGCCGCAGCUUUCGCCAAGGGUCUGCUGGCGUUAGAGGGAGAGUUGACGCCCAUCCUUGUGCAGAUGGUGAAGAGUGCCAACAUGAACGGUCUGCUGGACAACGACAGUGACUCGCUUAGCGGCUGCCAGCACCGCGUCAAGGCCCGUCUCCACGAGAUCAUGCAGAAAGACCAGGAGUUCACAGAGGAGGACUACGAUAGGCUGGCCCCUACAGGUGCAUCCUCUGUGGUUAACUCUAUGAGAAUUGUGGAGAACCCUGUGAUGACAUGUGACCAGGUCUACACACUCAUCCAGAGUCUCACCUCCCAGAUACGCAAGAGACUUGAGGACCCCAAAUCUGCAGACCUGCAGCUGUACCACAGUGAGACUCUGGAGCUGAUGCUGCAACGCUGGUCCAAGCUGGAGCGGGACUUCCGGAUGAAGAGCGGCCGCUACGACAUCAGCAAGAUCCCGGAUAUCUAUGACUGCGUGAAGUACGACGUGCAGCACAACGCCACGCUGGGUCUGGAGGACACACUGGAGCUGUUCAGGCUGUCCCGAGCCCUCGCCGACAUCAUCAUACCACAGGAAUACGGCAUUAACAAAGUGGAGAAGCUGGACAUAGCAUACGCCUACUGCCUACCUCUGGUCAAGAAGAUCCAGCUGGACCUCCAGAGGACCCACGAGGAUGAGUCGGUCAACAAACUCCAUCCACUGUACUCUCGAGGAGUGAUGUCACCAGGUCGCCACGUACGGACACGUCUGUACUUCACCAGCGAGAGUCACGUCCAUUCUCUACUCAGCACCUUCCGCUACGGAGGCCUGCUCGACGAGGAGAAGGAUCAGCAGUGGAAGCGGGCGAUGGACUACCUUGGUGCCGUUUCUGAACUCAACUACAUGACCCAGAUAGUUAUCAUGCUGUAUGAGGACAACAACAAGGACCCGUCGUCAGAGGAGCGUUUCCAUGUGGAGCUUCACUUCAGCCCUGGGGUCAAAGGUUGCGAGGAGGAGGAGAAAGCACCAAUGGGCUUCGGCUUCCGUCCCGCUUCCGCAGAGAAUGAUCAGAAACAGACAGACCCUGGCAGCUUGGAGGAUCUAUCACGUGACGAGCCCGACCGGGCCCUACCACUCUCUGAGCCAAUGGGCAUCCACCGGAGAUCCCCUCUGAUUCGCAACCGCAAGACUGGGUCUAUGGAGGUCCUGUCGGAGACGUCUUCAUCCAAAGCAGGCAGCUACCGUCUCUUCCCCUCCUGCUCUCGCCAGUCCCCUGAGAUGAAGCAGAGUGGUCUAGGAUCUCAGUGUGCGGGACUCUUCAGCACCACUGUCCUGGGAGGCUCCUCUAGCGCCCCCAACCUGCAGGACUACGCACGCACACACCGGAAAAAGUUCUCCUCAGGCAGCCUGUCCUAUAAAGACGAGUUGUUGUCUAUGCCGGCAGUAAAGAGAUUUUCUGUGUCGUUUGCAAAGCAUCCGACUAAUGAGCCCUUGGAGGAGCACCACGUGGCCCAGCUGUUGAGGCGCUUCUCCACUGAUGCCAGCCUGUGCCGCCCUCUCUCUCUGGACGGGGCGCUGGCCCACCACCUCAACCAGUGCUCCUACCACCUCCGCCUCUUCCGUAACUGGCUCAUCUCUGGCCAAGACCCCCUAGAGUACUUCUACGGCUUUGAAGGCUGCUCCAUGGUGCCCUCCAUCUACCCACUGGAGACGUUGCACAACUCGCUGUCCCUCAAGCAGGUGGAUGAGUUCAUCACCGCCGUGUGUGAGACUGGUGGAGAUGCCCACUCCAGGACCACAAGAGCUCUGUCGGCCAUGUUUGACUCUCAGAACCAGCCGUCGGUGGACUCCUACAUGCCUCAGAGAGUCCUCUCCUCCUCCGUAUCCCCCCGACAGCGCUCUGACAGACCUCCCUGGUACAGCAGCGGUCCGUCCAGUACAGUGUCCAGCGCUGGCCCCUCCUCCCCCACCACGGCAGACGCCUCCCCCCAUUUUAGCUUCAGCGACAAGACGCCCUUCACCCCCGAGAACAGCGAGGAGAUCCACUCCUGCCAUCACAACACAGUUCAGCAGGCCCCUACUGCUGGCCCCCAAACCCCCAAAUUCUCCAAUCCCACCACCCCCUGCCAGACACCCCCAGAAGACAAUCCUGAGGCACCAGCCACUCCCAGCCACCUGCCCCUGAGUGGAAACUCUGAAUCAAGGCAGGAGGAGCCAGGCGAGUCCCCUGCUUCAACUGAGGCCACUUGCGGUGAAGUUCCAGACCUCAGCCCAUUGAGCCCGUCAUCUUCCCCACUGGCAGAACUCUCUCUGGGCCUUUUGGAUGGAUACCUCCCCGGUUCUCUCCCAGUGCUCCUGGAGCUCAGAGAGAGCGGCAGUGAGGCAGGAUCCAGCGCACAGACGCCCCAGUCCCCAGAGGGGCCUGACGUGUUCUUUGACACCCAGGAGACGACGGAGAUGUGGAGGGGCAGCACGGGGAGCCUCCCCCAUCCUGGGACGCCACUGGAGGUGGGAGCCCCUCACGCGUCAGAGCCCUAGGUGGGGGCUCAGAGAACCAGAGAAGGAGCCUAGGUCUUCUAAGAGGCUAGAAGGAAGUAAGGUAGAACUUCUAGGGUGCUGGAAGGAGGCUUCCAGGAAGCCCUUCAGAAACUCUCCUCUGCCAGUUCCAUGUGGUGAACCCCCAGUGGAGCAUUCUAGUGACCUAGUCUUAGACCAAGGCCCUGUGGCUUGUAACUUCUGUCUGGUGAAUAGUGGAUCGGGCUGCUGCUUCUUAGUGCUUCUCUACCCUGGUCGUGUUCAUGAGGCACAGAAACGGAGAAAAGGGAGAGGACUUCCUGGACUUGUCCAUUAAGAUACGCGCAUUUUCCAUUUCCGUUACAAAACGUUUUAAAAUGUUUUCUGUGGCAUGCCAUAAUGAACACGACCCCAGUCUCUAUCUCACAGCUGUCUGUGAACCAACCGUUGUAGGAGAACUCAGUGUGACCAUAGAACUACCACCGAGUACAGUACAACAUCCUUAUCAUGACUGUCAUGUAUGGAUGUUUUUGUCCCUGUGUCCGAUAGAAAGCCACUUGAUGUUGCUGGUGUAAACAGUCUAUAAUGGGUGACAUCUUCUAUCCACUGAACAGCCCUCAGUGUGCACCAUUGUGGAGAUCUCGCCAAAAUAACUGAAACAACAUUUCAAUUUGACAGGUGGGCUCGCAUAUUGCAUCAUGUACAUCGCUACAUACAUACCGUUUACUAUAGCUAGAACUGCAGCAUGUCCACCAACUCAUGGACAUUGUAAAAGGAGAUGGUUUGAGAGACAUCUCACUUCAAGUAUUGUGAGUAAUAACGUUUAUUUUUCCUGCUGGGAAAUGUACAUGUCAAAAUGUCAUUAAGUCGUUUUGAAAUGCAUUUUCAGUUGGCAACUUUAUUGCAGUAUAUUGAAAUCAUGGUCUUGUCACACAUUGAAAUGAUAAAUGCACCACAUGGCUGGUCUGUGACAUUUCAUCAAACAGAAGAUGUCACCCUGUGUGUCUCCUAUUCUAGGCUCUCCUCUCCCUGUGAUGGUCUGUAACAUCGUUAAGGUCUGUUCACUUGAUAUGCGCCACAACUGUAUUGCAUCGAGCCAACAAUAGCCACGGUAGGCUCUUUCUUGUUACUCUGAUCUUGCGCUGCACCCGACCAAGCAGCGCUCUGCACCUUGUGCCAAUCAAGUGAACAGGCCUUAGAAACUCCUGACUAGCAGCUGAGGUCUUUUCUUAGGGGGUAAAGAAGAUCUCCACUACAUGUGUGGUGAGAUUUAUUAUUUCCGUCUCCUCUUUUGAGAUUCAAUAUACUCAAAUCCUAGCCUGGUCCCCCACUGCACAGAUGUAGGAUCUUAAUUUGAGCCAGUUUGCUACAGCAGGAAAAUCAUCCUGCAGGAACUGGAAAUGUGGAUUAUUAUUAUUAUUAAUGGACUUUUUUGUAAGGAGUCAUUUGAUACAUUUUUAAGUGGAAAUCACAAUCUUCAAAAUCCCUUUUAAACAUCAAAUACACUACACAAUUUACAUUUCCUGCAAUGUAAAUUGUGUAGUGUAUUUGAUGUUUAAAUGAAAGUUCUUCUGCAACAUCGUGAUCAAAUGAAGAUCUUACAUCUAUCACAUCGUUUUGUGCUAGCUAGCUCUUCUGUUGUUGUCAAGCCAUACAUGUUGUCACGACAAUGAACACAAACGGACUGGAGCACCAGGCUACUAUCCCUGUAGUCCCAAGUCACUUCCCCUAGCCCCUAGUCACUUACCCUAGCCCCUAGUCACUUACCCUAGCCCCUGAAGGACCUGCAUAGGAGGGAGCUGUACUCUGCUGACUGUAAAAAUAAUCCACGUUUGAUUUGAUCACAACUUGUGCACUGCUUUUUUUUGCCAAAUUCCUUAAACCUCAACUACCACUUUAAUAUAAGUAAUCAUAUAGAAACCAUAUGAGGAGAGAUCUAUAUUUAACUUUGAAUGACUCCUAGUGAGGUGAUAUUUUUAAUGCAGAGCCAUCAGAUUUAUUAACCGUUUUAACUUGUAUCAUAGCAACUGUAUAUUUUUGUAAAAGAUCACCUCUAACAUUACUGUAUUAGGCAAUUGUUUUUUUUUCACUGAACAAAAGAGGUCAGGGUAUUUUUGGAUGGUUCUCUGUGGUUCCAUUGCGUUAGGCAGUUUUUGUUGCAGGGCCUGUUCUGUGUGUGUGAGAAUAAAUGAGAUUCUGUAUUUGACUAUUGGGGUUGGUACAGUCGUAUCGUGAUGUACUGUAGAGAUGAUUAUUUCUGUCACGUAACACAAUUUCAUGUCAGUCAAAGAAUGAACAACACUGCUGCUGCAUAGAAGCAACAUUAACACUGUAAUCUGUCAUUGUUUCAGUGGACAUGCACAGAUGUGUGUCAAAAUCUAAACAAUGAAACUAUAUCUGAUUGUGUGUAAUACCUCUGGUCUGUGUCUCCGGCCUACAGUAGUGGUUAGUGUUGUCUGUUGUAAAGUGUUUGCAACUUUCAUCUGCAAUUCAGGAUGCUAAACUACACUGAAGUGCUGUAUCUGUUUGGUUUGGAAAGAGUGAUUCAUUUUGAGUCAACUUUUUGAAUGAGAUGGAAAGUGAGUAGAUAAAAUGAAAUAGCAUAAUGAAGAAUUCCCUGUUUAGCUGCUAUGCACUUCUAAACUCUUCAUGAAGACUUUACGAAUGAAAAAUGCACUUAAAUGCUUUUGGAGCUCUGUGAUUUCAGCCUUUUAACUUAAAAGAUUCAGCUGAGAAAACGCACUCUGCUUUAAUUUCUAUGCUAUUUGCUGUGUGGGGUAAUCGGCUCAAUGGCUCUAUGGUUUCUACAAAUGCAGCUUUAUUUCUCUAAAUGAUGUUCUGAAUAAAAUGUCCUGUGAAUGAUA